UCGCAACGCUUGGGUCGCGAUCAGAGUUGCUCACAGGCCCAGUACUAAGAGUUCCCAGCACCCAGCUCUCCAGGAUCGUCUCCGACUACCUUGUUGUGUAUAUUUUUUUUGGUUUUUGCCACCGGGAUCAGCCACCAAGUCCAAAAUGAAGUUCUUUUUUUGUGCCAUUGCUGUGACGCUGUGUGUGGCGACAACCGUGUCCGCUGCCAACAACAACAACUACGAGUGCCCGAAACCCAACGGCCAGUUCGCUGACGAGGUGCAAUGCGACAAGUUCUGGGUGUGCGACGAGGGCGUGGCCAAGGCGAAGCUGUGUCCCGAUGGCCUGGUCUUCGAUCCCCUCAACCGCAAGAUCAACAAGUGCGACCAGCCCUUCAAUGUCGACUGCGAGGACCGCACGGAGUUGCAGGAACCCAAGUCAAGCAAGUACUGCCCCCGCAAGAACGGUUUCUUCGCUCAUCCCGAUCCCGCCGUGUGCAACAUCUUCUACAACUGCAUCGAGGGUGAUGCUCUAGAGACCAAGUGUACCGUGGGCCUGCACUUCGAUGAGUACUCCGGCACCUGUGUCUGGCCCGACACUGCCAAGCGUGAGGGGUGCAAUCCGGAGCAGAGAACCUCCGAGACCGGCUUCGUGUGCCCCAAGGACCAGCCUAAGACCGAUGAUCGCGGCCAGGUGGUGACCCAUCCCAAGUACCCCCAUCCCACUGACUGCCAGAAGUUCUAUGUGUGCCUGAAUGGCGAGGAUCCACGUGAUCUGGGUUGCCAGCUGGGCGAGGUCUACAACGAUGCCACCGAAAUGUGUGACGCUCCGGAGAAUGUGCCCGGGUGCGAGGACUGGUACAAGGAUGUGGACGACAAGAAGGAUUAAGCAGGAGCUCCAGUCCCUAACUCCUCAUCGCAUUCACACUCACACUCAUGCACAAACACAAGAACGCACACACUGAAAAAACAAAACGGAUUCGCGUCUUAGUCACUUAAAGUUAGUAGUUCUAGCCCAUUUCCUAUAGAACGUAUGUGUAGCAGUUAAACUUUAAUACUCUGUUUACCUUCUCUGACUCCAUGACUGUGUCUGUCUCUCUUCUGAAUUUCUUACUGUCUUUUAUAUAUCUAUCUAUCCAUCUAUCUAUCGCUUUACUAUCCUGUAUUCUGUGUAAUACUGCUUUCAACUUAAUCUAUCUAUCUACAACCUGUCUAUCCUGUAACUAUCAUUGUGUCCAAUCGAAUCUUUUGCCAAAUCGCUGUGUAUAUAUUUUUCAUUUUCUGACUUUCAUCUAAUUAUUAUACAAGAGAAUAAACUGAUUUUUUUAUAAACUAUA